AUGCCAGGGCAUAUUGCUUUCUUGGUGGAUACUCAGCAGAGAUUGGCAAAGGAAGGCAAAACGUUCUCCAUUGCUUUCGUUGAGUAUGGCCUAUCGCCCCAACAUCGAUUCCCAACGCAGUAUCGACAGGCUGUGCAGGCCCUGGUAACUGUUCUGCAAUCUGGUCGCAAGCCAUCAGAUGUCAUCAUUGGCGGCGACUCUGCCGGUGGCAACUUAGCUGUCGGGAUCCUCUCGGCAGCAAUACAUUCGCAUGCUGGAAUCCCCACCUUAAAACUCGACACUCCCCUGAAAGGCGCUCUCCUAAUAUCGCCUUGGAUCGACCUCUCCGUCGGUUCCAGCAAAUCCUGGAUCGAAAACAAGGACAGGGACAUCGUUUCCACGGCCAUUAUCCCCGAACUAGUCAAGAAUCUCGCUUCCGACGACGAGCGCAACGAAUUUUCGGAUCCCGCCCGUGCCGACUCGAAAUGGUGGGCUGGAGCCCCGGUUAGUUCUAUCCUUGCGUUGGCCGGCAUGCACGAGUUGUUUUAUGACGACAUCAGAGCAUUCUGUCAGAAGCUCAAGGAGGCUGGGCUGAAUGUGGAGACCGUCGAAUGCCCCCAGCAGGUGCAUAUUGACUGUAUACUUGAUGCCCAGUCGGGUUUGGAGCAUGCGACCAUGUCUCAUGCAAUAUGGGAUUGGCUGAAGAAGGUGCUGUAA